AAUUACCGGAAGUCGUUUCUGUGACAGUGUCCGGUCUCUCCGCCUGCAAAAAUGGCGGAGGUCGGACGCGCGUUUGGAAGGACAGCUUUCACUCUUUUGAAAAAGACGAAUAAUUUAUUAUUUUCGAGGUCUGGAGAGAAGACGACCAAGAGUGCCAUUGUAGCAGUAGCUGUGUCCAGUGGAACUCGAACAUGGGCACCCCAAUACAUGGACCCGCAAGCUCAAGGACAUAGCUGUCAAUCGGUAGUAUUUUCCGUGGACGAUAUUGAAAAGCCACCGGUCCGUGAGACCAAGCUACUGAGCUGUUUACCGAAACAAGUGAGUGAGCUGAUUUUUAUCUGUCAGCUCGAAGGGGGAUUCUUUUCUCAUGGUUUAAAUGUUCGAGACUUACAGGUGAACAGUGCUCCGAGUGGAUUUGAAAACACGCUCUGUGUUAUUUCAUGUUAUCAGACAGAAUUCCCAGAGUCAUUAGAAAAACAUAUCCGACCAGGCAGUUCGGAUUUGUCAAAGACUGAAGAAACGAACAAAUACACCGAAGACCCAGGCUGUUUCUAUACGUCGCUAGCUUCCGGAAAUACUCGGGUUCGUUUUGUUGUUAACCUGGCUAGUUCAGUUGGUAAACAGAAUCAUUUCCUGACAGCUGCCGUCCUUACUAAAAGUCAUGGGACAUGGGCUCAACAGAAAAGAUCACUGUCCACUGUGAUGUUAACUGAAAGAGGAUUUUUGCAGCGAUCUCGUGGAGAGGUUCGAUCAUCAGUCCGAGCUUACAUGAGAAACAACAGCCCGGACCCACCCCCAUAUCAAAGCAAAACGGCGUAUUAUGACACUCUGCAGGUGCCCACGAAUGCCACGCAUGCUCAGAUAAAGACAGCUUACUACAAACAGUCCUUCAUCUAUCACCCAGACAAGAACGCGGGCAGUGAGGAGGCUACGAAGCGCUUCUCUGAAAUCACCGAGGCUUACAACGUGUUGGGCAACAAGAGUCUGAAAAAGAAAUAUGACCGUGGCAUCUUAAGCAAGGCCGACGUGCAAGGAGCGGGCAGACCCCCGGCCAAGGAACCGCCCAGCUCCAGCGCGGCAUCGCAGCAGAAGAGGCCCCGGCAGUCCCCCGCAGUAGGCAUGAGUGGAAAGUCCGUGUUCGAUUUCGAUGCGUUCUAUCGGGCUCAUUACAACGAACAGCUUCAACGGGAGAAGGACGUACGCCACCGCAGAGAGGAGAUUAAGAAAAAGGUCGAUGACCCGAAUCAGAAUUUUUUGACUGAAGUGACGGUGGGGCUCUUGGUGGCCAUGGCAGUGGCUGUUCUGGUCAGCAUGAAAUUGUAAUGUUCCGUUGACCGGCUGGCAGUGAACACACACUUAAGGAGUUUCUCUCAAUGCGGAACUUUUUGUGCUAGCACACCUUAAGUGUGAUUAAAUUGACGUGGGUCACGUGUACUGUAGCAAAUAACAUUCAGCCUGAACUUAUUUACCUCGAUGAACGCUGUGUGAAGGUGAGAACUAAUGUGUAGCCUGCUUUUUAACGGGCUGCAUGAUGGUAUUCGAGAACAAGUUGCUACAGGCAAAACAUGUGAAUACUAUACAUUAAGUUUUGGUGGUUUAUUUUUUCUUAAUAUAAAAUUUUGUGAUAGUCUUCUUCACAAUUUACCAUAAUAAGAACAUUGUUUUAAUUCUGUUUUAGAUUUCUGGAACUUUGGGUUUAAAUAUGAAAGAAUGUUCAAAGACAGAUAGUAGGCUCUAAAAUGGUGUAAUGUCAUGCCUUUGCAGCUUUCACACUGUUUUAUAAAACUGCACAAUGACACAAACCUCCCAUAAGAGGCAAUGAAUAAAUGGCAGCCAGAAAAAGACAUUACAUCUCAGCCUGGUGAUUGAAGGGACUUUACAUUACGAGUUCCCAUUCAGCAUAACUGCACUUUAAAAGAGAUGCACUCAGAGAUAUACUUAGGCAGCACUACAGUAUACUAUACAUACAGUAUGCUAUAUAUGCAGUCUAUCGACUACAGCUGGUACAGUAAUAAUACCUAUGCAAAGUAUUGAAUUCUGCUGUACUGUGUACUGACUGAAGGGAUGGUUUGUGCGUUCAUGUCUUUGUAAGAGCAGGAGAAUGGGGAGCACUUCUGGUGCCAGCCCCAUUCAAGGGUGAUCGUAAACUGAAUGAUAUAACAACAACAUUUUUCUUAUCAAUGUUAACCAAAGUUGGGUUAAGUAGUGGUUGUUACUACUGGACGGCAAGGAGAUAUAAUAUCCUGUAAAAGUAUAUAAGCCUUAUGUAUAAAUGUAUACACAUGUAUAUAUAAAUAUCAUUUAUAUAUAAAUGGCAAUGUGUGUGCCAUGAAAUACCUUGCAUACUUGAGAGGAAAAUGUUAUUUCUGAAGAUUUUAUCCUUUCCUACAUUUAUUUUUCUUAUUUAUCAUUCAUUUUUUCCAAAAGGGCUUCUUUAUGCAGUUUUUGGCGACAAAUGUUUUCAGUUAAAAAAAAACAAACAUGUUAUGCAUUGUAGCAGGCGUGCAAGUAACUGAAAUAACUGAAACUAGCAAUAAGAUCAUUCAUUAAAGAUUGUGAAUCAUCAGCCAAGCUCAAUUUAAGCCCACCAGAAUACAGAAUUGUUGUUUUACAUUGUGUUUUCACUUGUAAUUUUUUUCAAAUCAAAAAAUGCAUUCACAACACCGCUGAACUUGAGUAGUACAGUAGGCUACUGUACUUAGAGAUUUGAGAAUUUCAAGGUGACUGCGUUAAAAGGCCACAAGGGGGAACACUUUCCUCGUUGCAAAAUAAACUUUUCCCCACUUGAAA